CUGUUCUUGUAAACUAGCGUGCCAUGUAGCCUACAUUCGGCUGUGUGUAUGUGUGUGAGAGUGAGUGCUGUGUGCGUGUCUGAAUGUGAGCAAGUUCAGUAAAAGUAACCUACAUAGCUCGCGCGCUCUUUGUAGAAUUAUUUUGCAAAGCCGAGGAAGACAAAGUCGAAACUACUAUGAUGUAUUAAUUUGGGACAUGGGAAACCAGCUACCAGGACUGGCUACGUCGCUACAAAACUAAAUGAACGCACAAGAACGAAGUCGGUUUUAGUUCAAAUUGGUCCUAAUCCAGCCUGUCACAAAUAACGGAUUUGGUCGCUAUCAUGUCUAGAAUUUGACCAGCACAGAGUUUAUCUUCAACCUGAUUUCGGGGGCUGAUUUAUCUCUUCAACAGAAGUUGAGCGUGUCAUCUUUGUGUGUGGUGUGUGCGUUCAUGUGUAAAUGUGUGUGACUGUUAGACGUGCAAACUGCUGUACAUUCCCAAUGAAUGCACUGUAGUUGUCGCAUGGCUUCACACCAGAGUACAUAUAGCAACUAAAAUAGUUUGGUGAAGCCAUAUUCGUAAAAGUUCAGUAUGUUGAAGACUCUAACCAAGAAGCUAAGAAGACACUCACUCAACGAGAUACAUCCCUUUCAGUUCAAGAUUUCCUACCAUGGCAGUGGGGAGGGAGCGGAGAGCGACGAUUCCGAGGGGGAGAACCAGGAGCUUGCACAGAUUGACAGAGAGAGGCGGCGGAAUUGUGGCCUGACCCCUCUGGCCACCAGCCAGCAGCACAACCAGGGUCCCCUAUCUCCGGCACGCCUCUGUCGCCUACGCCUCCUUCUAGACCCAACUCUGGACCGCCACUCAUCCGAAGAAGAGCUGGAGCGAAUCAACCGCGGCGUUGGAGAUGGCAGGAAGUGGACGCUGCACCAUUGCCACGGCGACCACCACAGCAGUGCCUCCAGCGACGAGGAGGUGCGGGACCUGUUCGGCUGUGGCCCGGUGGCGGCGGCCUUGGAGCCUGGGACUUGCCUGGCGGCCUCCCCCAGCCCGGUGCUCUUUAGCUCCAGCCCGCCUCGCAGCCUCAAGCCCCCGCCCCCCUUUCGGCUCCAGUUCCAGGUGGUGCAGCCUGCUGCCAGGCCCAUUAUCUUGACCCACUUUGACCAGUCAGCGGUUCCCUAUAGGAAGCACAGACACAGCUACGGGGGAGAGGUUGGGAGGCCAAGUCUGGACUUGGAGAAAAUGCAACAGAAAAUGCUCCUGAAAAAGAACUGUGGUGGGAAAACACGAACCAUAAAGAUUCGGAACUUGACUGGCACACGCCCUCCACCCAGGUACGCCUACGAUCCCUCCAUUUUUGCCUUCCGGUCCCUCAGCACAGUCCCUCCUUGCAGUCCACUGACUCUGUCCGAAGACUGCCCAUAUGUGUGAGGGGAUAACACCAACAGACCCCCCCCACACACACACACACACACUUAUUGACUCUAUAGGAGACCCCCAGACUAUAACUUGUCUCAGCUUUGAACUCUGAAGACUGAGCUAAAUAAUGAGUAAUAAUACCAUUUAUAGUAAUGACCGAUAGGACAACUUGACAAAGCCUAUGUUUGAAGGUCAAUAUAGUACUCUCAGGUAAUCCCACUCUGUCAAGUCAUGCUCUUGCUCGGACAACUGCUCACCGGACAGAAGCAUCGAAGACACCAAGAAUGGGGUGAUCUUAACCCUGAAAUUGGAUGAUGAUGUGACAGGCAGAUGGUAUGUCCUGGCGAAUGACAAGGCUGCAAUAGAAAUCUCUUUUGAAAACACACCGCUUCACUCAAGCUCUUAGUUCCAAGGACACUUCAGAUAUUUCAAACAUUAACAGCCGUCUUUUGUUCAGAAAAAUGGACUUCACUAUCAAAUAUAUUUUAGAAGGACAACACAAGCAUUGGAAAGCAUUCAAAGACUACUCCGAUGCGUUUGAUGUUCACAAGAGAAAUGUAUCUUGACGACAAUCAAGGGUCAAUCAAACUCAAGACAGGUUCGUUGUCUAGACUGGAAAAAGCUAAUUAGGACCACACAUUAACAGAGGGUUUCUUGACACAUUGCAAGCUGUACACUGCACGAUAUACACUACCGUUCAAAAGUUUGGGGUCACAUAGAAAUGUCC